CGAGGGGAAGGGCUGUCAUCGACACUCACCUUUCCCUCGAAUCAUAAAAGGUCCCUUCUUCCACACUCGUUCUCCCGCCACCACCUACCACCGCCCGCGCCACCACCACCACCACCACCACCAACUGUCACAUGCUCAGUCGACGAUUUCACAAAAAAUUUGUUUAUAAAAAGAAGUUACAUUAUUUGUAUGGGAGCCUCGUUGUCUAAUUUGACCGAAGGAGGAUCGACCACCGGCGACGGACCGGGGCUCGGGGAUAUACCGGAGGAUUGCGUUACGUGUGUGUUUAUGAAUCUUACGCCGCCGGAAAUAUGUAACCUAGCAAGACUCAACCGUGCGUUCCGCGGCGCUGCCUCAUCGGAUACCGUAUGGGAAUCGAAGCUUCCACACAACUACCAAGAUCUGUUGGACCUGAUGCCUCCUGAGAGGUACCAAAACCUCUGUAAAAAAGACAUAUUUGCCCUCCUCUCACGGCCUGUCCCAUUUGACGACGGCAACAAGGAAGUGUGGUUGGAUAGGGUUACCGGAAAAGUGUGCAUGUCAAUCUCCACAAAGGCAAUGGCAAUAACGGGAAUAGAAGAUCGGAGAUACUGGAAUUGGGUUCCUACCGAAGAAUCUAGGUUUAACAUCGCGGCAUAUUUGCAGCAAAUAUGGUGGUUUGAAGUAGAUGGUUCACUGAAGUUCCCUUUUCCAGCUGACGUAUACACAUUAUCAUUCAGGAUACAUCUGGGACGAUUCUCCAAAAGAUUGGGGAGACGUGUUUGUAAUUUCGAACACACCCAUGGGUGGGACAUAAAGCCGGUUAAAUUUGAGUUGUCUACUUCAGAUGGUCAAGAAGCAUCUACCGAAUGUUUUUUAGAUGAUUGUGAUAAAGACGAGGCAAAUGGAAAUCAAAAACGUGGUUGUUGGAUGGAGUAUAAAGUAGGCGAGUUCAUUGUAAGUGCAUCUGAUCUUGCUACUGAAGUCAGAUUCUCAAUGAAGCAGAUAGACUGCACACAUUCUAAAGGUGGGAUAUAUGUAGAUAAUGUAUCUAUCAUCCCUAGUGAUCUUAAAGCGAGUAGAAGAAGGGUGUUGAAGUAAAAGUUGGGGGAAAUGUGAAAUGUGCUGUAGUUGUUCUAUCAGUGUCGGUGAUCCCUAAAAGUUUUAGUUGGGAAAUAUAAAGCAGCAUAUACUUCAGUAAGCAUUUGGUGGCUUUAAUGGAAGAGUGCCAUUUUGAUUGCUUUUCUGGAGAUAGGUAUGUGUCCUCCUAUGUUCAUGUAUAAUUGUUACAGCUGUGUCUAUGAUCCAGUUUUGCUUAUUACUAAUACAUACAUAUAUGGUGGCGUUCUUUCUGCCAAGAAUGUCUUUUUGAAGCUAAUAUGAUUCCACGGGAUGUUGC